GUGACGUCACUUCCGGCACUUCCGGUGGGGGCCGUGAGGGCCGCGGGAUGGGGCGAGGGGAGGCUGUUCCUGCCUGACUCGGCUCUGCCAGACCCGGCUCGGCCCCGGCGCCAUGGCCACCUCGGAGUGGCUCCGGUUCUUCGAGGACGCCGGGAUCCCCCCGGGCCCCGCGCUGGGCUACGCCGUGGCCUUCGUGGAUAACAGGAUCCACAAGAACAUGCUGCUGGACCUGACCAAGGAGCUGAUGAAGGAGCUGGGCAUCACCGUGGUGGGCGACAUCAUCGCCAUCCUGCGCCACGCCAAGGUGGUGCACAGGCAGGAGAUGUGCCGGGCGGCCUCGCAGUCGCUGCAGCCGGAGGCCGGGAGCGAGCGCGGCGCGGGGGGAUCGCGCCGGGAUCCGCCGGAUCACCGCGAGCACCGCGAGCACCGGGAUCCCGGCGGUGCCGCCGGCAGGAUGAUCACCAAGAGCCUGAGCAGGGAUCCGGCCCGGAGCGGCGCCCGGAGCGCACCCGGCACCGGCGGCACCGGCAUCGGCAGCACCGGCAUCGGCGGCACCGGCAUCUCCGUCACCGUCGCCAACGGCGCCGCCAAGGCCGGCCCGGACUCUCUGUCCCUGCCGUCCAAACGCCGCCGUGUGACCGCAGAGAUGGAAGGGAAAUCCCUGUGUCCCUGUCCCUGUGUCCCUGUCCCUGUGUCCCUCUCCCCAUUUCUGUCCCCAUUUCUGUCCCCAAUUCUGUCCCUGUCCCCACCAGGCCCGGAUUCUCUGUCCCUGCCGUCCAAACGCCGCCGCGUCACGGCAGAGAUGGAGGGGAAAUCCCUGUGUCCCUGUCCCUGUGUCCCUGUCCCUGUGUCCCUGUUCCAUGUCCCCAUUCUGUCCCUGUCCCCACCAGGCCCGGACUCUCUGUCCCUGCCGUCCAAACGCCGCCGUGUGACCGCAGAGAUGGAGGGGAAAUACGUGAUCAGCCUGCCCAAGGGCACCACGGCCAGGAGCCGCAAAAUCCUGCAGCUGCAGGCGGCCAGAGGUCUGGGCCGCACGUCGGUGUUCGAGCGCCUCGGAGCCGAGGCCAAGGCGGCUGCAGCUGCUGCAGGGAAGCCCUCGGGGGUUUUCAGCCGCCUGGGGGACGCUCUGGACGGCGCCGAUCCCGGCGAUGCCGGCGACGCCGAGGCGCUGCCCUACGCCGGCGUGCUGAAGAAACGCCGCGAAUGUUCCGGAAGCGGCGCCGCCCCCUGCGCCGAGGCCCAGGACGGGGCCGUGUCCAGCUCGGUGUCCGCGGAGUUCCGGCCGGCCUGGGGCUGCGGCAAGGUCAGCAGCUCCUGCGAGCUCCGGGGGGGCUCCGGUGAGACCCGCGGUGCUUCCGGUGAGACCCGCGGUGCUUCCGGUGAGAUCCGCGGUGCCGGCAGCGUCUUCCGCAGGCUGGGACGGAAACCGGACUGAGCCCGGGGAUUCUCCUGGGAUUGAUCCCAGGGAUCUGCUGGGAAUGCACAGACUGAGCUCAGGGAUCCUCCUGGGACUGAUCCCAGAGAUGUGAUGGGACUGAUCCCAGGAAUCCUGGGAGUCCUCGUGGGACUGAUCCCAUGGGAUCUGCUGGGACUGAGCCCAGGGAUUCCAGGAAUCCUGGGAGUGGGAAUCCUGCUGGGACUGAUCCUGGGGGAUCCACCAGGAAUGCACGAACUGAGCCCGGGGAUCCCGGGAAUCCUUCUGGGACUGAUCCCAGAGAUCUGCUGGGACUGAGCCCAGGGAUUCCAGGAAUCCUGGGAUGGGAAUCCUGCUGGGACUGAUCCUGGGGGAUCCACCAGGAAUACACAGACUGGGCCCGGGGAUCCUGGGAGUGGGAAUCCUGCUGGGACUGAUCCCAGAGAUAUGAUGGGACUGAGCCCAGGGAUCCUCCUGGGACUGAUCCCAUGGGAUCUACUGGGACUGAGCCCGGGGAUCCUGGGAGUCCUGGGAAUGGGAAUCCUGCUGUGACUGAUCCUGGGGGAUCCACUGGGAACUCAUGGAGUGAGCCCAGGGAUCCUGGGAAUCUUGGGAUUGAUCCCAUGGGAUCUGCUGGGACUGAGCUCAGGGAUCCUGCUGGGACUGAUCCCAGAGAUCUGGUGGGACUGAGCCUGGGGAGUGGGAUCCACCAGGAACUCAUGGACUGAGCCCGGGGAUCCUGGGAGUCCUGCUGGGACUGAUCCCAGAGAUCUGCUGGGACUGAGCCUGGGGGAUCCACCAGGAAUGCACAGACUGAGCCCGGGGAUCCCAGGGGUCCUGGGAGUCCUGCUGGGACUGAUCCCAGAGAUCUGCUGGGACUGAGCCCUGGGAUCCUGGGAAUCCUGGGAUGGGGAUCCUGCUGGGACUGAUCCUGGGGGAUCCCCUAGGAAUGCACAGACUGGGCCCAGGGAUCCUGUGAAUCCUCCUGGGACUGAUCCCAGAGAUCUGCUGGGACUGAGCUCGGGGAUCCCGGGAGUCCUGGGAAUCCUCCUGGGACUGAUCCCAUGGGAUCUGUUGGGACUGAGCCCUGGGAUCCUGGGAAUCCUGGGAUGGGAAUCCUGCUGGGACUGAUCCCAGAGAUCUGCUGGGGCUGAGCCCGGGGAACGGGAUCCACUGGGAACUCACAGACUGGGCCCAGGGAUCCUCCUGGGAUUGAUCCCAUGGGAUCUACUGGGACUGAGCCCGGGGAUCUUGGGAGUCCUGGGAAUGGGAAUCCUGCUGUGACUGAUCCUGGGGGAUCCACUGGGAACUCAUGGAGUGAGCCCAGGGAUCCUGGGAAUCCUGGGAGUGGGAAUCCUGCUGGGACUGAUCCUGCGGGACCCACUGGGAACUCAUGGACUGGGCCCAGGGAUCCUCCUGGGACUGAUCCCAGAGAUCUGCUGGGAAUGCACAGACUGAGCUCGGGGAUCCUCCUGUUACUGGGCCCAGGGAUCUGCUGGGACUGAGCCCAGGGAUUCCAGGAAUCCUGGGAGUGGGAAUCCUGCUGGGACUGAUCCCAGAGAUGGGAUGGGACUGAGCCCGGGGAUCCUCCUGGGACUGAGCCCAGGGAUCCUGGGAAUCCUGGGAGUCCUGCUGGGACUGAUGCCAGGGAUGUGAUGGGACUGAUCCUGAGGGAUCCCCUGGGAAUGCACAGACUGAACCCAGGGAUCCUGGGAAUCCUGCUGGGACUGAUCCCAGAGAUCUGCUGGGAAGGAGCCCGGGGAUUCCAGGAAUCCUGGGAGUGGGAAUCCUGCUGGGACUGAUCCCAGAGAUCUGCUGGGACUGAGCCCGGGGAACGGGAUCCACCGGGAACUCACGGACUGAGCCUGGGGAUCCCGGGAAUCCUUCUGGGACUGAUCCCAGAGAUGUGAUGGGACUGAGCCCAGAGAUCUGCUGGGACUAAGCCUGGGGAUUC